AUGUACUGCGUUCAAACCCAUGACAACGAAGUCUUCGAGAGCACCGUCGACGUUCCAGUCGCCAGGGGCGUAGAAUUUGACCCUCUCGGCUCCCCUGGGCUACCCUCUUUGCCCGACGAGUUCAACAAUCCUACUCCUGACGAACCACCUCUGUUCCCCCCACCUCCAACGACGCCCGCAUCAAUUCCUCCGCCACAACAAACGGCCGUCGCUAAUAAUAAUAAGAAGAAGAGGAAGGCGGCGAUACCAAAGUCGGCACCGACGAAAGUCGUCUUCAGUAAGGAGAUGACGGCGCAAGUAAUGCUCUGGUUCAACGAGUGCCGGAAAAAGGGGAUGUUCAACAGUUCGAAAAAGAAAGAUUAUGGCCCGAUUUGGCAAGAGGUUUUCGAGCGCUGUCAGGAGCAGUGGCCGCGGUUUCCAUGGAAGCCGAAUAUAAUAGCUACCAAGUAUGAUACCGAGCGACAACGGUAUCAACAGUGGAAAAUGUUGGUGGAUGGAUACUCUGGCGUGACAUUCGACUAUACGGCCAACCUCCCCUGUGUAUCAGAGUCGACCUGGGAGCAGUUUGUAUUGCGGAACAACACGCUCUCGAAAAGCGUAACCUGGCUGAGGACAAUCCCACUUGGCGAUGUUGAUGUCUACCGGUCUGUCUUCUGGCGGGAGCGGGCAAGUGGGAACCACAUCGCCGAGGCUGACGAUGCCGCUGAUACCCAGGCGACGGAUGUAGUGGAGGAAGAGCUGGAGGAGGAUUCUAAUCGUGAUGUUCCGGUCAUGCUUGAUACGGAGUCUGACGAGGAUGACGACAAUGUCGCUGCCGUUACACCUAUUCAGAAGAAGAGGAAGUUAACGUCGGCUCAACAACAUCGUAUCCGUACCGAUCCCAACCUCACACCUACCCGGGGUAGUACUCCAUCGACGGUUGACGUACCGGUACGACAUUCCUCUCACCGUCGGGACCGUGAGCGCGAUAGUAGUAUCCUCGCAGCCAGCUUCAAGGAUUCCAUUACAAUCCUCGCGGCACCACGCCUCGCCGGCGCCGACGAUGUUGCGCUGGCGACCGAGGAUAUCCAGAAGCUAUUCGCGGAUAAGGUCGAUGGGAGUGAAUUGUUGAACUAUAUCGACUACCUGCAGCGAAAUCCGAUGUCCGCGGUAAUGUGGAACAAACUCAGUCUGGCACUUAAGAGGUUGUAUAUAGAUCGCUGGAAAGAAGGUAGCGCUUGA